AUGGACGAGUUCCCGUGGACGGCACUGAUCGAGUACCGGUACCAGGAUGGUAAGACUGGUUUCCACUGUGGAGGGACUUUGAUCAACGAGCGGUACAUCGUGACGGCAGCUCACUGUGUCCAACCACUACCGCAGGGCCAGACAGUGCACCGGGUUCGACUGGGCGAAUUCGAUCUGACUACUUCUCCCGAUUGCCACCAGUACUACGAAGGAACCUGUGCCCAUAAACAGAUCGAUCUUGGCAUUGAGAAGAUCGUCGUGCACCCCGGAUAUGAUUUUUUUUUAAAUAAUAGUCGAUCACGAUCAAAAUCAAAAUGCGUGCGUUCGGCUUCACUGCUGAUUUGCGACUACCCCGGAUAUGAUGGUAGUAAGAAAUUGUUCGACAACGACAUUGCGUUGAUUCGCUUUGAUCGAGACGUGAGCUUCGUAAACACAAUGCACCCGAUAUGUUUGUCUUCUAAGUCAUCAAUCGGCAGCAUAAAUAGCACCAAGAAGCGGCCGUUGAUCUCCGGUUGGGGCCACGCAGCAGAGAAGCGUGAUAAUGAUCGCAAGCAAAGGGCGGUGGUGAAAAUCAAGAGUCAGGAGGAAUGUGUCCCGAUCUUCGCGCAACAAGGAUUGGAAAUGAAUCCGGCUACGCAGAUUUGUGGCACAAGCGUGGACACUGGAGACUAUGCAAAGCGGAAGGCAUACCUUGCAGGCGCACCCAACACGAUCUGGCCUGGAUCGGGCAUAAUCAAAGCGGAAAAGUGGUGCUUCUCGUGA